AAACCGGGAAGUAUCCACUUGGAAGGCUCCUGUGGUAACAGGACAUUUGAUUGCAGAGAUGUAGUAUUUGUUGUUAGAGAAGGGGAAGACCAUGACAUCCCUAUAGGAAUUGAUAAAGCCCUGGAGAAAAUGCAGAGGGAAGAACAUUGUAUUUUGUAUCUUGGACCACGAUAUGGCUUUGGAGAGUCUGGGAAACCUGAAUUUGGCAUUGAGCCUAAUGCUGAGCUUGUAUAUGAAGUUAUUCUUAAGAGCUUUGAAAAGGCCAAAGAAUCCUGGGAGAUGGACACCAAAGAAAAACUUGAACAGGCUGCUAUUGUCAAAGAGAAGGGAACAGUGUACUUCAAGGGAGGCAAAUAUUUGCAGGCAGUGAUUCAAUAUGGGAAGAUUGUAUCCUGGUUAGAGAUGGAAUAUGGUUUAUCAGAAAAGGAAUCUAAAGCAUCUGAAUCCUUCCUGCUAGCAGCUUUCCUUAAUCUGGCUAUGUGCUACCUAAAGCUCCGGGAGUACACCAAAGCUGUCGAAUGCUGUGAUAAGGCAAUUGGACUGGAUAGUACCAAUGAGAAGGGUCUGUACAGGAGGGGUGAAGCCCAGCUGCUUAUGAAUGAAUUUGAGUCAGCCAGAGGUGACUUUGAGAGAGUACUAGAAGUAAACCCCCAGAACAAGGCCGCAAAGCUGCAGAUCUCCAUGUGCCAGAAGAAAGCCAAGGAGCACAAUGACCGGGAUCGCAAGAUAUAUGCCAACAUGUUUGAGAAGUUUGCAGAGAGAGAUGCAAAGGAAGAGGCUGGUAAAACAGUAAGUGAUAAGAUGCCAGAAGGGGUCCCCUCUAAGAAGAUCCAACCUGUAGAAGAGCCAAUAAUGGAAGACAAAGAUUUGGAAUGCCAUGUAUGACAAAGUACAAAAGAGGGAGAGGGAAAACUAAUGAAUUCAGCCCCCUCCUCAAUGACUUCUACAGAACUCAGGACUAAACAAUGUUUCUUGUCAAGUUUGUUGUAGUCUAUGUGAUUCUGGACACAAGCAGGCAAACUUGUGGCUUCCCA